CGUUGCAACUCCAGUUAGUACAUGCUUAAGUUUUGAAGCAGUAUAUUUUAUUACGAUCGAUAACAUUUCAUCGCCAUGAUCCGACUAAGGCCGCGGCGGAAAAGCAAACAUUUGUAAAACGAAAAAUAAACAUGAAGAGCACAUGAGAAGAAAUGCUGACUUUCCUUCAUUUGCUAUGUUGUACACUGAUAAUCCACCAUUGCAACGCACACAUUGAAAAAGCCAAGUUGGAGGAGGAAUGUAAGAUAGCGGACAUCUGUCGCCACGACCAGGUGCCGAUGUGCGGCAUCGACUCGUGCGGCGAGCUGCGGACAUUCAUCGACACCUGCGACAUGCACGAGUUCAACUGCGACAGCCGGAAAGAUUUUGUUCAAAAACCAGUACACGAAUGUUGGGUUACGUGCAAGAGGGGCAGGUCCUUCAAGAGGCCUACUUAUGGCGAGGGUUGCGACGGGAUCAAUAAAGUUUGAAUUUAUUCGCUAAUACCUGAACGAACAGUCCAACUAACUUCAAACUAGAAACUAGUUAUAUAAUGUGUGUUAUGAAAAUCACGUGAACGACGUACAGUGAGCUGCGAAAUUGCAUGGAGAAAUUAUGAAUGAAUUCAUUGAUAAAGUCGCCAUGCACUUUUGCGGCUGAUUGUACAAGAUUAUUAGAUAAUUGAAAUAAGGCAGUAAGGGAAACUGAAACACUAUUACCUACGUGAAAUUAUUUUUUUAGAUAAACUGGUCCAUUUGUGUAAGAUUUCUUUUAAGAACGACAAGGCUGAUUUUUUAAAUAAGAAAAAAUACAUAAACAAAACUUCAUAAAUGGCGGUUUUUUUCAUGAAAAUGUUCCGGCUGCCGUUCUGGGACACUUUUUUGUUAAGUUAACAAAAUUAGGUACGAGGUGCGCCAUUUUCAUUUGGUCGUAACAACAUAGUUCCUUAUUUAACACGUAUAGUCCCUACUUCCUAGACUAAUCUUUUCCAUAAUAAUACGACCGGGUAUGGGAUUUUUGUAAAUCUUUGAAUGCAGUAUAUCUUAUCACAAAAAUCGAAUUCAUAAUUCAUAAAAAAAUCCCCUUACAGCCAACAUUUGGAUUUGAUCAUUAUGAAUAGUUAACUUACCAUCAUCAUCCGGCAUUCCAUUUAG